GGGGUUUCCUGGUUGCCCGGAGAACGCGAGACAACAAAAGACGCGGCGGCGGCGGCCGUUAUCCGCGGGGCCUGCUCUGCGCUCGCCGCCGGAGGUCGUGGCUUUCUGGAGCCGGAGUCCAGAUCUUACGUAAAAUGGAUGUUUCUCCCAGUAGAUACUGAAUAUUAAGUAGAAAAAUCUAUUUAGUAAAAUCUAAGCUGCCAUGGAAGAAAUACCUGUAAAAGUUGCUGUAAGAAUUAGACCUCUGCUGUGCAAAGAAGUUCUUCAUAACCAUCAAGCUUGUGUGAGAGUUAUCCCAAACACCCAGCAAAUUAUCAUUGGGAGAGAUAGAGUCUUUACCUUUGAUUUUGUUUUUGGCAAAAAUUCCACUCAAGAUGAAGUUUAUAAUACAUGUAUAAAGCCCCUAGUGUUGUCACUCAUUGAGGGCUAUAAUGCAACUGUUUUUGCUUAUGGACAAACUGGAUCUGGAAAGACGUACACCAUUGGAGGAGGCCAUGUUGCUUCAGUUGUGGAGGGUCAAAAGGGUAUCAUUCCUCGAGCAAUCCAAGAAAUAUUUCAAAACAUCUGUGAGAAUCCUAACAUUGACUUUACUAUCAAAGUGUCUUAUAUAGAAGUAUACAAGGAAGACUUAAGGGAUCUUCUAGAAUUGGAGACAUCUGUAAAGGAUCUUCACAUCCGAGAAGAUGAAAAAGGAAACACAGUGAUUGUUGGGGCCAAGGAAUGCCAGGUGGAAAGUGCAGAUGAAGUGAUGAGUCUCCUGGAAAUGGGCAAUGCAGCCAGACACACAGGUACCACCCAGAUGAAUGAGCAUUCCAGUAGAUCACAUGCAAUUUUCACCAUCAGCAUCUGUCAAGUCAUGAAAAAUCUAGAGGAAGCUGAAAAUGGACCCUGGUAUUCCCCUCGGCAAAUUGUCUCAAAAUUUCACUUUGUGGAUUUGGCUGGAUCAGAAAGAGUGACCAAAACAGGGAAUACUGGUGAGCGGUUCAAAGAAUCCAUUCAAAUCAACAGUGGGUUGUUGGCUUUAGGAAAUGUGAUAAGUGCUCUUGGGGAUCCACGUAGAAAGAAUUCGCAUAUUCCAUAUAGGGAUGCUAAAAUUACCCGGCUCCUGAAAGAUUCCCUGGGAGGCAGUGCCAAGACUGUUAUGAUCACCUGUGUCAGCCCCUCCUCCUCAGAUUUUGAUGAAUCCUUGAAUUCUCUCAAAUAUGCCAACAGAGCACGCAACAUUAGGAACAAACCGACCUUAAACUUUAGCCCGGAGACAGAUCGCAUAGAUGAAAUGGAAUUUGAGAUUAAGUUGCUUCGAGAAGCUUUGCAGAGCCAGCAGGCUAGCAGUGUCCUUCAGACCAGCCAGACACGAGAGGGAACUCCUGACAAAAGCAGGAUCCAUUCUCUGGAGGAGCAAGUCGCUCACCUACAAGGAGAAUGUUUGGGUUACCAGACUUGUAUAGAAGAAGCCUUCACUUUCCUGGUGGACUUAAAAGAUGCUGUCAGACUAAACCAAAGACAGCAGCACAAACUACAGGAGUGGUUUAACAUGACACAGAAGGUCAGGAAGGUGGUGCUCAACUCACUCAGAGAGAAAAGAGGCCCCGGUCACCUGGAAGAAGGGCCACAGCAUGCUACGGUUCUUCAGCUGAAGAAAGAACUGAAGAAAUGCCAGUGUGCUCUUGAUGCUGAUGAAAUACUGUUUACUCAGAAGGAACAAGAGGUGAAAGAGCUCAAGGAUCAAAUGCAAGUAAUGACACAGGAAAACAAAGGACACAUUCUGUCUUUGAAAGAAGCACAAAAUGUGAAUAGACUGCAGACUGAAAAAAUAAUAGAACAGCAACUUCUUGUGGAUCAGCUGAGUGAAGAACUAACAAAACUUAAUCUGUCAAUGAGUUCAGUCAAGGAAAUUUGUGGAGAUGGGCCAGAUGCCAGAAUAUCCGAAAGGAGACCACAUACCGUCCCAUUUGAUACUCGUUUGGGGCAUUAUGUUUAUGUCCCAGGAUCAGAUUCCAGGAAGGUCUACAAAAGUCCUUCUGUGUACUCCCUGGAUCAAGUGGUUGCCGGAUUCCGAUCACGAAGUCAAAUGCUGCUGGGUCACCUAGAGGAGCAAGAUGAAGUCCUCCACUGCCAGUUUUCUGACAAUAGUGAUGAUGACGAGUCAGAAGGACAAGAGAAAUCUGAGAUAAGGCCUACAAGUCGCUCAUGGGAUCAAAAACCAGGCUCUGUUUGUUCUCUUGUUGAACUGAACAAUAUUCAGGAUGAAACACAAAAGUCAAGUUUGGGGAAUGAAGACUUAAAGAUCGACUGUCUGCGGGAGAGUCAAGAGUUAAAUAUGCAAAAGUUAAGGAACUCAGAACUGAUGCUUACUGAAGCUAAACAAAAAAUGAGAGAACUUACAAUUGACAUCAAGAUGAAAGAGGAUCUGAUUAAAGAAUUAAUAAAAACAGGUAAUGAUGUGACGUCUGUAAGCAAACAAUAUUCUCUGAAAGUAACAAAACUUGAGCAUGAAGCAGAACAGGCGAAAGUGGAAUUGUCUGAAACACAAAAGCAGUUACAAGAACUGGAAAGUAAAGAUCUUGCUGAUGUUGCUUUGAAGGUAAAAUUGCAGAAGGAGUUCCGUAGAAAAAUGGAUGCCGCAAAGCUUCGAGUCCAGGUCUUACAGAAGAAGCAACAAAGUAGUAAGAAAUUGGCAUCACUGUCAAUUCAAAAUGAAAAACGUGCCAAUGAAUUGGAACAAAAUAUAGAUCACAUGAAAUAUCAAAAGGUACAGCUACAAAAAAGACUCCAAGAAGAAAGUGAAAAGAAGCAGCAACUGGAUGCAGAAAUUAAACGGGAUCAACAAAAAAUCAAAGAACUGAAGUUAAAAGCAGAACAGGACACUCUCAAACAUAAAGAUGAGAACUUUGAUGUACUUAAGAUGAAAAGGAGAAAAGAUGCAUUUGGAAAUACGGACCAACUCCAGAAAUUGGACGAACAAAAAAAAUGGUUAGAUGAAGAAGUGGAGAAAGUUCUGAAUCAACGCCAAGAAUUGGAGGAGCUGAAAGAAGAUUUAAAGAAGCGGGAGGCCAUAGUUUCUAAGAAGGAAGCCUUGUUACAGGAGAAGAGUCACCUGGAAAAUAAGAAGCUGAGAUCUAGUCAGGCGUUAAACAUAGAUAGUUUAAAAAUAUCAACUCGCUUGAGCUUGUUGGACCAAGAGUUAUCUGAAAAGAAUGUACAGCUUCAGAGCAGCAAUGCUGAGGAGAAAAAAAAGAUUGCAGAAGAAGUUCAAGCCCUCCAGAAAGAAAGGGAUCUACUGCAAAAACGAAGAGACAGUGUGGAUGACAAACUUAAAAAUGGUAGCGUGUUAUCACCUGAAGAAGAACAUGUCCUUUUCCAACUUGAAGAAGGGAUUGAAGCUUUGGAAGCUGCAAUUGAAUACAAGAAUGAAAGUAUCCAGAGUCGCCAGAACUCACUCCGUGCUUCAUUUUCCAACCUCUCUCAGAGUGAAGCAAAUGUCUUAGAAAAACUGAUUUGCCUGAAUCCUGUUGAGAUUAGAGCUAUUCUUUUCCGGUAUUUCAAUAAGGUUGUUAAUUUGCGAGAAAGUGAACGAAAACUGCAGUUGCAGAAUGAAGAGAUUAAAAUGAAGGUUCUAGAAAAGGAUAAUAUUGUUCGUGAGUUGGAAUCUGCACUGGAACAUCUGAAAGUGCAGUGUGACCGGAGACUGACUCUCCAGCAGAAGGAACAUGAGCAAAAGAUGCAGCUACUGUUACAUCAUUUCAAAGAACAAGAUGGGGAAGGCGUUAUGGAAACUUUACAGACGUAUGAAGAUAAAAUUCAGCAGUUGGAAAAAGAUCUUUAUUUCUAUAAGAAAACCAGCAGAGAUCUUAAGAAGAAAGUUAAAGAACUGGUAGGGGAAGCAAUUCGGAGGCAAAUGUUACCAUCUGAAUAUCAUGAUGCUGCAGAUGGAGUCCUGAAUGCAGAAGAAUCAGGCGUGAAUUCAGAAGAAUUAAAAUGGGCAUCUAGAACUGAAAGUAUACGAUUAAGUGGAAAGGAAAAAGAAUUAGAUAGUUCAACGAACCUGUUAAUACCACCUCAGCAGCUCUGUGAAGAUGGAACAGAAUCACUUUCCUUUUAUCGCUCUUUAGCACCUACUCCCGGGCAUUUAUUAAACAUUGAGGAUAAAACAGAAAGAAAUGACAAUCAGUUUACAAAAUCUCAUGUUCCACCAUCAGCUCAAAUUCAGCCAGUGGGAAAUACGGGACAGCUUCAUGGUGUCACACCUGUAAAGUUGUGUCGCAAAGAGUUACGUCAGAUUUCUGCCCUGGAACUAUCAUUACGGCGGUCGGGUGUUGGAAUUGGAUCUAUCACUGCUGAUUCCAUUGAAGUAGACAGGAAACUGCGUGACUUGAAAACGUAAUAAUAGAACUUUAAAUUCAAUAGCUAUGGGGCUAAUACUAUAGC